AUGGAUGAGUACACUGACAAUAUAAUGGAUGGUGACCAUCACACUGACAACAUAAUGGAUGGUGACCAUCACACUGGCAACAUAAUGGAUGGUGACCAUCACACUGGCAACAUAAUGGAUGGUGACCAUCACACUGACAACAUAAUGGAUGGUGACCAUCACACUGCCAACAUAAUGGAUGGUGACCAUCACACUGGCAACAUAAUGGAUGGUGACCAUCACACUGGCAACAUAAUGGAUGGUGACCAUCACACUGGCAACAUAAUGGAUGGUGACCAUCACACUGGCAACAUAAUGGAUGGUGACCAUCACACUGGCAACAUAAUGGAUGGUGACCAUCACACUGGCAACAUAAUGGAUGGUGACCAUCACACUGCAACAUAA